AUGCCGUCUGGUAGUGCGCUCGUACACACGCUCACUAUUGCCAGGCGAGCGAUGCCGAUGUUGUUUACGGCUAUGCUUGGUCAUGAUCGUCACUGCGCUUCUUGCGACGAGAAGGCGAAGGUGAACUUGAUCGUGAGGAAGACCUUCCUCGAGAUCUCGAGCGUGAGAUUGGUCUUGAAGAAGAAGAGGGCUUGUUACUUCCUCGGAACGAUUGAGGUCGGCCUCGAGAAGGUGAGGGUGUUCGGGUUCUGGAGGAUGGCAUGGGGAUUGGUGAUGGGCUUGGCGAUGGUCUCUGGUUAA